AUUAUUUCAAAGACCACCAAGGGGGACAGACAAGUGGAUUUGGAAUACGGCUUUCACGAUCUUUUCGUUUACUGUGAUCUUAUUCAGUCACAGUAUGUUGGCGAUGCACUGGUCCCUUUGCUUCGAAUUGUUCCCGUAGAAGGAGAGGACGGCCAGCGAGUUAGUAAAUCGUUUUUGCGCCCUCAAUAUGUACCUGUCAGCAGAAAGCAAUUUGAAACCAUUGAAGUCAAUAUAAAGCGAGACACAGGGGAAUCUGUGCCAUUUGAGUUUGGAAGAUUGUUGUUAACACUUCAUUUCCGUCAGAGUCAACCUCAGUACUUUUAAAAAAUGAAAAAACUCCACGCCCCAAAUCAUAAGCUUUACAAACAGUACUAUGUAGAUCAAGCCUAACAAAAAGGUGAGAAUCUACCCGCUUUUCAUGGAGCUCGAUUUCAGCGAGGGUAUGGCUUAGGUUCGAUAUUUAAAGGUCUCUUCCGCUGGGCGAUGCCUCACCUGCCACAAGGUGCUAAGGUGAUUGGAAGAAAAGCUUUACAAAUGGGUGUCAAUGUCGCCCAAGAUGUUCUUGAUGGAGAUAACAUUAAAACAGCAGUCCACAAGCGCACAAAACAAGCCCUCGGUCUACCAUCCCAGAAUGCAUUGCAGGGACAAUCAGGAGCUGGCAAAAAAUCUAUAAAAAGGAAAGUGCAAGGGACCAAAAUCAGUUCGCCUCUAGGCAAGAAAGCAAAAACAUCUCCGCAGCAAAAGAAGCCCGAAGAGAAAUAUUCUUUCUGGAAGUAACUAUGGCCUUUGUGCAUCACGAGUCACGCGAGUGUACUAAAUUAGAGCUGGAUCUUUUUACUAUUCCUGCUACACAAACCUCUAUUCACAAAGGGCAAUGGAUUGAAUAUCACCGUCUCAGCAACAUCACGGACACUGGUCCUAUUGAAUUUAACGUAUCUGGAACCGGAGAAGAAUAUUUAUAUUUAGCGCGUACACAACUUUAUGUGAAAGCUAAGAUCACAAAAGCAAACGGAACCGCGUUAGAUGCCGAUAUUCAAGUGGGUCCCGUAAACCUGUUUUUACAUUCUCUUUUUUCCCAAGUAGACGUUUCCUUGAAUGAGCGACUUAUAUCUGCAUCCACUAAUACUUACCCCUAUCGUGCCAUGAUCGAGUCUUUGGUGAACUACGGGGAAGAAGCUAAAACAAGUCAACUUUCUAUGGCCAUGUUUUACAAAGAUACUGCUGGAAAGAUGAAUGUAGUGAACCCCUUGGCUGCAGACGAUGAAGCAAACCUUGGAUUAAAGGCUCGUUAUGAGUUUAUCAAAGAGAGUCAUACGGUGGAUAUGAUGGGACCCAUUCACAGUGAUAUAUUCUUUCAAGACCGGUUGAUGCUCAAUGGAGUUAAUUUAAGAAUCGAACUAAACCGAGCCAAGAAUGUGUUUUGUCUUGUGUCCUCAGCAGCCGGAGCUAAUUUCAAAGUGGUUAUCACAGAAGCCAUCUUGUUUGUACGCAGAGUCAAGGUUGCCUCUUCUAUCAUUCUAGGCCAUGCAGCUGGGCUAAAACACGCCAGCGCCAAGUACCCCAUUCGCGGAAUCGACUGUAAAGUACUCUCUAUUCCAAGAGAAUUUAGUAGUUUUAACCCUGACAACAUCUUUUUGGGUCAAAUUCCCAAGCGCAUAGUAUUGGGAUUAGUGGACAUAGAGGCUUACAAUGGGAGUUACCGUACCAACCCCUUCAACUUCAAUCACCACAAUUUAACUCAAGUGGGUGUGUACGUGGACGGAGAACAAAUCCCCCGAAAACCUUUGUUCCUGAAGUUUGACGCCGCUGGUGGUCAAAAUGUGAUAGCCGGCUAUCAAAGUCUUUUCUCUGGUAUUGGAAAGCUUUCCCAGGAUACGGGCAAUCAGAUAAAUAGAAGUGAUUACGGCUCUGGUUACACCUUAUUCGCAUUUGAUUUGACCCCAGAUCACUGCCCGGGAGAUCAUUUUGAGCUUAUAAAACAAGGAAACCUGCGCUUGGAGCUUCAUUUCUCGGAAGCACUCGCCAACACGGUUAUCCUUAUCGUCUACGCUGAAUUUCAAAACGUGAUUGAGGUCGACGCAAACCGAAACGUUCUCUACGACUACACAAACUAG